AUGCAGAAUUUGCUGGACCUCGAUCGCCAAGAAUUCAAGAUCCUCCCAUUCGUCCUCUACUACCGUCGAACCCGCAAGAAUGAGCCCUCGCGUGACCCCGGUACGAGAGUUCGAUUCCUGAAAGGGUCUGUGGAUGUGGAACAGACGAUAAGGACAUACCUGAGUACGCGUCGAGGGAGUUUGUUGGUCGGCGUCUGUGCUCGACAGUCGAUCCGCCACCAGGUCACGGCGAUCGUUCAGCCCAACUUGGGCGAUGACCUCCGGCUACUGGACCUUGACGUUGAGCCGUGUCAUCAAUGGUCAAACACGGACACAACGGUGGCUGACACUACGGAACCACCCAGAAGUUACGUUCAAUGGAUCGCCUCCAGAAUAGCGGAAGGCCGUGGUCAUUCCCAAUGA